CUAUAUAUUUUGACAUAUCGUUAGAGUACUACCUGAAACCUAAAAUACAAAGGGUACAGGGUACAGUCACCCCACAAAACAAUAAUAACUACCCUCCUUAAAUUCAAAUUACUCUGGUCGGCCGCAGGUCUGAAUUAUUGAAUAAAGAAAGGUCUGAAUACUCGAGAGACAAAUUCAAUUAGGAUAUUUGCAACCAUAGAUAAAAUAAUUGCAACUUCCAACUCGUGAAAGAAAACUGAACAGCGCCACCAGUCUGUAGCAAGUUUUGUGCCAGUUCGUACUGCAUGUUUCAGUUCUUGUGCUUAUUCGCUCCCGCUCGAGUUUCUUGUUCAGUGAAUAAUUCUUCAACUAUCCACUUCCUCAUUAUUUCUGAAGAACACCAGGAGUCAUGGAGAACGACAACACAACUGUUACAUCAAUGCAAUUUAUCAAAAAUGUGAAAUUUUAUUGGUCCGUUGAUACUGUGGCCGAUUUUCUGGAGAAUAAGUUGCCGCAGUUGGAUUUUGAUAUUGAAACUAGUUGGUAUUUUGAUAGAAGAUCUGCUCUGGAAAUGUUGGUUGACGAUAAGACACAUCACAACUCCAGGGAUAAAUCGGUGAUGUGCCUUCUUUUGAAAUAUGGUGCUAAUCCUUUGAGGAGACGUAGAUGCUGUGGAACCAUUAUGCAGAUGAUUUUACGGAACAAGGAUUCUGCAUUGAUCAUCGAGUUUCUGAAACAUGUGAAGGACAAUGAUGACAUCAACAUAAUUCAUGGCAAUUCUACUGCGUUGUAUAUAGCUGUUGAAAGAAAAUUGAAAGACGUGGUGGAGUACAUUGUUGGGAGAGAUGCAGAUAUGAAUAAAAAGUCUAAUAACGGGUGUACACCUUUGCAUGAAUCGGUCAAAAGUGAAAGUGUUGAUAUAACGAAAAUCCUUCUACAAAAUGGGGCGGACAUCGAAGUAAAAAAUAAAACAGGUGAAACACCACUGCAUUUGGCCGUCAAAUACAAUAAUCCUGAUCAAGUCAAGACGCUGAUAAUAAACGGUUCAGACAUAAAUGCUACAGAUGCUAAGGGAGCAACUCCUCUACAUGCUCUGUGCUUUAAAAAGUCAUUUAAUUUUGAAAUGUAUGAGCUACUGCUAGAGAAGUGUGACGUUAAUGCAAAAGACGUCGAUGGAAAUACACCGUUGCAUAAUUUGAUGAGAUCCUUACCGCAAGACUCAUCAAUAUCAAAGAAAAAAAAAUUGAUUAAUUUAUUUUUGAAAUAUGGCGGGAAUUUACACGAACCAUGCCCUUCCUUAGCCCUAGGUACAGUAGUACAUGUUGCAGCCAUUGUAAAUCAUACUGUUCCGUUUUUGACUUUCUUAAUAGAAAAAGGUGCAGAUAGAACCUUUGCGGAUAUAAGAACUGUAACAUUCAUGCAUUGUAUACAAGCGAGGAAAAGCGUAGAUCAAGUUACAGAAGUACUGAAGUUUUUGUUCGUUCGAGAAUGUGCAAGGAAAUUUCAAUUUACCGAUAAUCUUUUGAGAUUCAUUGGGUCAGACGAAAAAUUCAUUGAUUUCCAGAAGUCAUGCAAAAACGAGCUACGCAUUCUCAAGGAUCAAAAAUUGACAGAUAACGAUUCUAUUUCAUUGUUCGCGGCGUUGACAACUAAUGAGAGGGAUUUAGCGAAUCUUUAUCGUCAUGAUCCUUCAAGAACCAUUGGAAUCACUGAUUCUGAAUUGGAAAGGUUUCCCAUUUAUGGAAAUGAUUUAGUAAGAAAUCAUAAAAAGGCUGUAGCGAUACUUGAUGCAGAAAUUUUAAUAUGCGAUUUCCUGACAAAAAUUAGUAACAAUGUUUUGGAUCAAAAUUCAAUUGAUGAGAUCGUUAACUUCAUACCUACUCAGGAUUUAGUCAAAUUACCUCCAACAUUAAUUUAAUUAUACUCUGGCAUAGUUCUAUUUAUGGAGCUCUAUUGAAGGAAAUGAACAGCUUGACUCGAUCUAUGCGACCACGGACUACACAUAGUUGUGCAGUAUUUAUUCUUGUAUCAUGAAAGUUAUACUAAUU